AUUUAUUCUAGGAAAAUUCCACAAAAUAGGCAUGGAAGGCUGUCAAUUUGUCUUUAUGUGGGCAUUGUUUUUGUUCAGUUUUAAAAGCCAUUUCCCGACCCUCUACUACUAAACGACCUAAACUAAAGAGGGAGUGCAAGUUUGUUUUUGGAGCUGACAGCCAUGGCGGAUACAGCGGUCCAGAAGGAGCACGGCGCUCUGGCAGAGGUCUCCUACGAUGACGACGAGGUCGCCCUCGUGGGUGCUGCCACAGAGCCGGCGGUGGACGGCGGUAAACCCGCAGAGGAAGUGCUCGCCAUCGGCUCCGGAGAAAAGAGCGAAGCCCAGGCGAACGGCGUCAUGGUCCUGUCCCUGCUCGACAAGAUCAUCGGGGUGGUGGACCAGAUCCAGCUGACACAGAACGGGCUGGAGGCUCGACAGGAGGCCAUGGAGAAGUCGGUGUCCGCCAUCCAGGGGGAGCUGACCAAGCUGUCCAAGAGCCACCUGGGGACGGCCACCACUGUCAACAAGAUGCUGGACAAGGUCCGCAAGGUCAGCGUCAACGUCAAGACAGUGCGGAGCAACCUGGAGAAGCAGGCGGGCCAGAUCAAGAAGCUGGAGAGCAACGAGGGCGAGCUGCUCAAGAGGCGCAACUUCAAAGUCCUAAUCAGCCAGGACCAAGUGAAGGCCCCUAAGACACCCAAGGCAGGUGAGACGGUCGCCGAGGACGGAACUGUGGCGGGCCUCCAGCAGAUCCUCGAGGAGGGCGGCGAGGACGAGGGCCGGCCGGCCGACCUCAACUCGGACGAGGAGGUGGAGAUCGAGGAGACCGUGGAGGAGUCCCGAACCAAGCGUCUGCAGCGCUCCACCAAGAGGCAAGUGGCCAGCAUAAAGAAGGCCUUCUCCAAGGAGGAAAUGGAGAAGACCAAACUGAAGACCAAGGAGAACCUGGAGAAGACCAAGCAGAGAACCCGAGAGAACCUGGAGAAGACCCGGCAGAGAACCCGCGACAACCUGGAGAAAACCAAGCACAGCCUGGAGAAGAAGAUGAACAAGCUGGGCACCCGCAUGACCCCCAAAAUGGAGCGCCGGGUCAAGAUGAAGAGCUCCAAGGAGAAGGUGAAGAAGUCCCUCACGCCCGACCACACCGUCUACGCCCGCUCCAAGACCAGCGUCUACCGCGUGCCGCCGUUCACCUUCCACGUCAAGAAGAUCCGGCCGGGCGAGGAGGAGGCGGCCGUGGCGGAGAACGCCGAGGUGGCGGCGGCGACCGAGGCGGAGGGCGAGGAGAACGGGCUGGGGGUGCACAUGGAGGUGGAGGAAGGCGAGCUGGUGAGGGUGGACACCCCGGGCAUGGAGGACCCUCACAUGGUCAUGGUGGAAGCAGACCACAUGGAGAAGACCCAGCGUGACUAAGAGAUCCCAUCAAACGCCAUCCUGAUGGAUCACAUGAGGACACAUCAGUAACCACCAGGACUUCAAGCACACAUUUCACACCUGUUCUGUUCUUUUCUACGCCCAAGCUUUCAUACUCACGCUUUUAAAAAGGGCCCCCCCUUACUCUACGACACACCUCUGCAUGAUUAGGAGGGGAAAAGGUACCGUAUUUUUCGGACUGUAAGUCGCAGUUUUUUUCAUAGUUUGGCCGGGGUGCGACUUAUACUCAGGAGCGAGAUUGUGUGAAAUUAUUAACACAUUAGCGUAAAAUAUCAAAUAAUAUUAUUUAGCUCAUUCACGUAAGAGACUAGACGUAUAAGAUUUCAUCGGAUUCAGCGAUUAGGAGUGACAGAUUGUUUGGUAAACGUAUAGCAUGUUCUAUAUGUUAUAGUUAUUUGAAUGACUCUUACCAUAAUAUGUUACGUUAACAUACCAGGCGCGUUCUCAGUUGGUUAUUUAUGCCUCAUAUAACGUACACUUAUUCAGCCUGUUGUUCACUAUUCUUUAUUUAUUUUAAAUUGCCUUUCAAAUGUCUAUUCUUGGUGUUGGCUUUUAUCAAAUAAAUUCCCCCCAAAAAAUGCGACUUAUACUCCAGUGCGACUUAUAUAUGUUUUUUUCCUUCUUUAUUAUGCAUUUUCGGCCGGUGCGACUUAUACUCUGAAAAAUACGGUAUGAAUAUUAUUUGCUGAUAAGAUGUGAUGUACAGUAAUCAACAUAUUCGCCACGUUUCUAUGACGUGCACACGUGUCGCAAACAGGGUAACCGGAAGUUGAAGAAGAAGAAGAAGAAUGAUCGGGUUCGAGGUAUAACCUGAGCUUGCUGGGGUUUGCAGCGGGCACGGAUCCGCCAAACCUUAUCGAAAAGUGCACGAUCAUCUCGAACCUGUUUUUUUUUUUUUUUUUAUGUUAAGGAAAACCGUAUGUUAGGAAGUGUGCUGCUGUGCUGCACGGUCGCCACGACGACCUGGCUGUGUCGUGUUUGAAAGGACAAAGAAACGCAAAGCAAGUCCAAAAGUUUGUAGACACUUUUCUGUGAGAAAGUGUAUCCAAAUAUUCGACUGGUUCUGUAUAUCACAUCUUAAAAGCUCCCUCACGUUUGUAUUUCACCCGGGCUGAUUGCCAGCGUUCUGUCGAAAUGAGCUGCUUCGUCGAAAAAAAAGCUACCAGUUGCAUAAUUCGACUUACUUGCAGCGGCAGUGACAAAAGUCGACUCUUUUUCUACACAAGGCAGCUCAUUUUGAUGUCUGCUCAGUAGUAGAGAUGUCCGAUAAUGGCUUUUUUGCCGAUAUUCCGAUAUCGUCCAACUCUUAAUUACAGAUUCCGAUAUUAACCGAUACCGAUAUAUACAGUCGUGGAAUCAACACAUUAUUAUGCCUAAUUUUGUCGUGAUGCCCCGCUGGAUGCAUUAAACAAUGUAACAAGGUUUUCCAAAAUAAAUCAACUCAAGUUAUGGAAAAAAAAAUGCCAACGUGGCACUGGAUCCCUCAGGCGGUACUGCAUCAAAUAGCGACAUCAGUGUGUGAAGGAUAUCACCACAUGGGCUCAGGAACACUUCAGAAAACCACUGUCAGUAACUACAGUUCGUCGCUAAAGCCAUUUAUCAACAACACCCAGAAACGCUGGGCCCGAGCUCAUCUAAGAUGGACUGAUGCAAAGUGGAAAAGUGUUCUGUGGUCGAUGGAUUGUGCUUCUUACUUUGCUCAAAGAGACGCAAUUCACUUUGCACACGUUUAGUAGAUCACCUUUUGCGUGCGCUAUCAAGUUUGCACAUGUUUUAGCACACGCAAACCUUUUGUAGAUCAGGCCCUUACUUUCUGUUGGCUCUUCAAUAA